AGUCGGUAUCUUCUUCGGAGCCAGCCAUUAACCCCACGAUCGUCUCUUGGCCCUGAGAAAGCAAACGGAGGGAGGGUUGUAACUUUCAGAAGCUUCCAGAGCUACCGAGGAAGACUAGAAUGGCCGAGCCGCCGAAGAGACAGGGAGGAAGGCCAAUGCCUCCCGGAAGAGGCGGUCCUCCUCCGCCGCCUCCUCCUCGAGCCCGCUACGAGCCCGUCGAGCGCGAGAAGACAUGUCCACUACUGCUUCGGGUAUUCACUAAGAGUGGGGGUCAUCAUUCCAAGGAAGAAUUUGCGGUGAGAGGCAAAGAGCCUAAAGAUGAGGUUCAAAUUUAUACAUGGAAAGAUGCUACUCUUCGUGAGUUGACUGACCUGGUCAAGGAGGUAGCUCCGGAAGCAAGGAGAAGGGAUGCAAAGUUGUCUUUCGCUUUUGUAUAUCCUGAUAAAAAUGGCCGUUUUGUGGUCCGAGAGGUUGGGAAGACCUUUUCCUAUGGUAACGGGAGACGACUGGAUGAUAUAAAGACAUUGGCUGAACUAAGCUUCCAGAUUGGAGAUUACUUGGAUGUGGCCAUUCUCUGAAGAAGCUUUUCAUGCCUAGAGCUCUUGCACGAGAGACGGUCAAUGUAAUUGUCGAUGUACUGGUUUACUAUGAUACAGUUUCUGCAUGUAUUGGAAAUGAUCUGUCAUGUGAUAGCAAAUAGGUCAUUCUGAAUUGUCUUGUGAGGUGAUGUUUAUGCAAUUGUCACCCUAGUUAGCAUAGAACUCAGUGGUUUCAUUUUUCAUCAGCCUACUAUCCUUUUCCGGUCUUAGUUCUGCAACGUGGAGUAUCAAUUAUCAUGUUCAUAUCUGCAA